UGUGUCAUUCUUCGCAACAGGCAUCAUUUAAUUGAUAAAUAUUUUGAAAAAGAAAAACAUGUAAAUAUUCUGAAACAUUGGUCACGUGACUCUCUCUUUUCCUAGCGUGGACCAUCAUGAAGGCUCGUGGGAAUCUCAAGCAGUACAAGGUGAUUGGGCGUUCCGUGCCCACAGAGAAGGACCGUACUCCACCUCUGUACCAAAUGCAGAUCUUCGCCCCGGACAAGUGUACAGCCAAGUCUCGCUUCUGGUACUUUGUGUGCCAAUUGAAAAAGAUGAAGAGGACACUGGGCGAAAUUGUCUCCUGUCAGGAGAUAUACGAGAAGAAGCCCCUAAAGAUCAAGAACGUUGGUAUCUGGCUGAGGUAUGUGUCAAGGAGUGGGGAACACAACAUGUACCGCGAGUACAGGGAUCUUACAGCUGCCGGAGCUGUCACACAGUGCUACCGUGACAUGGGUGCGAGGCAUAGAGCCCGGUCCUCCACCAUCCAGAUCAUGAGAGUGGAAGAGGUUGCGGCCAACAAGACCCGCAGACCCAACAUCAAGCAGUUCCACGAUUCAAAGAUCCGGUUCCCACUGACUCACAGAAUCAACCGCAGCCAGCACAUGCCACGGUUUACCACCAACAGGCCCCAUACAACGUUCUAGACACUAUGAUUCUUUGUUAUUUAUGUACAUUGUGUAUAGUAAAUAAAGUCGGGCCUUCUCUGGAA